GGAGAAAAAGAGGCACAGAAAUAUAUAUAUUUCUCCCCAAAUUUCUCUCAAAAUCAUCUGCUCCAUUCAAACCUCUGCCAAAGGAGGAAACAAACAAACAAACUAAAAAAAAAGCAAACCCCGUUUUCUUAAUUUGUGCAAGAAUGUAUCUUUCCUAUAAUCUUCCUCUUUCUCGUGUAUAAAUUUUUCUUAUAUCUUUUUCCCUUUUUCCACAAAAUUUUGACAGACAAUUCAAGAAUUGUAUCAUACUUAACACGAUGAGAAAAUUGAGUCCAAAGUUAGACAAAGAAGAUGGAUUGGAGACAGUAUUGGAGGUACCUCUACCAGAGGAAAUGUUUAGCAAAACAGGUUGCAGCAAUGCAGCCAUUAGAUGGAAGAAUUUGCUUAAUCUAAUGCGCGCUGAUCGUUCCAAGGCUGUUUCUGGAAAUACUACUACUACUAAUAAUAAUAAUGAUCAAUUUAUAUUCUUGUUGAAAAUUGUUGGCUGUGCUCUUAUCCCUUUUCAGGUUCAAUUAGAUCAUGCUGUUAGCUUGCCUGUUACUGAUGGUUGCAUUAAGGCUUCUACUGCAAAAUACAUAGUACAACAAUAUUUAGCAGCUACCGGAGGGCAGGCUGCAUUAAAUUCAAUCAAUAGCAUGUAUGCAGUGGGGCAACUGCAGAUGGCAACAUCGGACAUUCAGCAAAGUGGUAACCAAAUGAAUUCCAAACGGACUUGUGAGGACGGCGGAUUCGUUCUUUGGCAAAAGAAUCCUGAUCUAUGGUUCCUAGAAUUGGUUGUUUCCGAUUGCAAGAUUAGUGCUGGUAGUAAUGGAACAGUAGCUUGGAGUCACUCUUCCACAAAUUCUAAUGCUUCCAAAGGUCCUCCAAGACCACUCCGGAGGUUCUUUCAGGGAUUAGACCCCAGAUCAACAGCCAAUUUAUUUGUGAAUGCUGUUUGUAUUGGAGAAAAGAAAAUCAAGGCUGAAGAAUGCUUUAUACUAAAACUUGAGACUAGCAAAGACGUGCUAAAGGCACAAAGCACAGCUAACACAGAAGUUGUUCAUCACACUAUAUGGGGCUACUUCAGCCAACGCUCGGGACUUUUAAUCCAAUUCGAGGACACAAAAUUAGUACGAUUGAAGUCAGCCAAAGACGAUGACAGUGUUUUUUGGGAAACAAGCAUGGAAUCGACGCUUAAAGAUUAUCGGUACGUCGAAGGUAUCAACAUAGCACACAGUGGGAAAACUGCAGCAACAAUUUAUAGAUAUGGAAAGAACAUAGACUAUAGAGCAAAAGUUGAGGAAACAUGGAGAAUUGAAGAGAUUGAUUUUAACAUAAGUGGUUUGUCAAUGGACUGUUUUUUGCCUCCUGCUGAUGUUAACAAGGAAAAUGAACAUGAAGAAUGGGAUUCUAGAGUCUCUUUAGGUGAAAAUAGAGGUGUAUGCUAAUGUGAAAAUGUUUUUGUAUAUAAUAUAGAUAGACUAUUAGCUCUUCUUCUUAAUGCUUUUACUAUGGAUAAUCAGUGAAUUUCUUCCAAAAUAUUGGAUAUUUGGAUAGCAAAAGAGUUCUUUCGUCUCAAAAUCCA